AUGGGGGACCCCUCCCGGUCGCCCGGGCCGUCCGCCCCCGCCUUCACACUGGGAUGUCCCGGGACUGAGAAACUCACGCCGCGGCGGUCCUGGUCCCCGGAGACUGGCGCUUCCACCGCGCCCGCGGGGCCUCGCAGAGCUCGGGACCCGCCUCCGUCCCGGGGACCCCGCCUUCCUCCCGGGGAUCCCGCCUUCCUCCCGGGGAUCCCACCUCCGUCCCGGGGACCCCGCCUUCCUCCCGGGGACCCCACCUCCGUCCCGGGCAGCCAGCCUUCCUCCCGGAGAUCCCGCCUCCGUCCCGGGGACCCCCGCCUCCCUCCCGGGGACCCCACCUCCAUCCCGGAGACCCCGCCUUCCUCCUGGAGAUCCCGCCUUCCUCCCGGGGACCCCACCUCCGUCCCGGGGAUCCAGCCUUCCUCCUGGAGAUCCCACCUCCGUCCGGGAGACCCCGCCUCCCUCCCGGGGACCCCCGCCUCCGUCCCGGGGACCCCGCCUCCCUCCCGGGGACCCCACCUCCGUCCGGGAGAUCCCGCCUUCCUCCUGAAGAUUCCCGCCUUCCUCCCGGGGAUCCCACCUCCGUCCCGGGGAUCCAGCCUUCCUCCUGGAGAUCCCACCUCCGUCCGGGAGACCCCGCCUCCCUCCCGGGGACCCCCGCCUCCGUCCCGGGGACCCCACCUCCGUCUCAGGGACCCCGCCUCCCUCCUGGAGAUCCCGCCUUCCUCCCGGGGAUCCCACCUCCGUCCCGGGGAUCCAGCCUUCCUCCUGGAGACCCCGCCUCCGUCCCGGGGAGGAGCAGGAAGGGGCGGGUUCUGCGGGGCGGAGGCCGGGGCUGCGCUCGUCCCUUGGGCACCCCGGGUGGCACUGUCGCUGUGCGCCGGGCCGCGCGGGGAGCUGCCCAUCGCGGGGCGGGGCUGUCCUGGGGGCGGGGGAGCAGCUAAACCGGAAGCGGUCUGUUUGGGGGGGCGCUUUCCCGGAGGCUGGGCGGUCCCCGCGGAGGGACCACCGUGGCCUGGCAGCCGCGGUCCAGGCCCAGUCCCCGCCCUCGGUCGCGGCGGCUGCCAGCUCUUCCUUCCCCGGGGAUGGGCGAUCUCUGCCAAAGCUAUUCUUGCACCUCAGUGUAAAAAGUCGAACUCCAAGUCUCCAGUAAACCGGAAUCCGGGCGAGCAGGUCCCCGAAGGACAGGGUCAUUCCCGGCUGCGCCCUGGGCUGGGCUGUGGCGCCCCGAUUCCGGGCCGCAGGGGUGUCCCCACCCGGGACCAGGGCCUCCUAACCCUGACCUCUGCUGGCCCGAAGCGCGGAGCGUCCUCCUGCCACGGCCCGGGCAGAGUGGACAUCCGGUCAUCUGAAACGCAUUGA